AUGCUCGUCUCCACGGCUCUUGUGUCGCUCCUGCCGCUCUUGCUGUUAGCGGCCAACGCCGACGCCAGUUCGAGUUCAGGACUCCAGAUUCGUACACCAAUCCCCCGCAACUACGACACCCACACCUACUAUGCCCUCGAGCUUCCAGAAGCUGCAGACGAGCAGGUUGCCCGCGCCGCCGCGCUCGCCCUUGGAGCUGAGCUCGUGGAACCCCUCGGUGAGCUGGCGGGCCACUGGAUCGUAAAGCGCGAGGACGGCGGCCUCUCAGGACGUGGCAUUGCCGGCGACUAUGACCCAGUGCUGGCACGCUACGAGGUACUCCGGUCGGCAGGUCACGAGAGGCGAGCACUUGGUGUGCCAUCCCUUCGCGGUAUCGAACGUCUUGUACCCCAACAGCGUACAAAGCGCGUUCUCACUGGACCCAACGAAUACAAGCGCGGCUCGCCAAUGCGUCACCCCCGAUCCUACACUCCCUGGGACGUCGAGCCCCGCGACGAUGCCGAGCUCCUCUUCCUCCAAAACGACUUGGGUCUCAAGGACCCCGAGCUUCACACACAAUGGCACCUUGCAAACCAAGAAGACAGGCAGUGGGAGCUCAAUGUGAGCACCCUCUGGAGCCAAGGUGUCACUGGCAAGGGCGUACAUGUCGUCAUUGUCGACGAUGGCCUCGACUAUGAACAUGAAGACCUAGCACCAAACUACUUUGCGGAGGGUUCGUGGGAUUUCAACGACAACGGACCUUCGCCCAGCCCCAAGCUCAACGAGGACCAGCACGGCACUCGCUGUGCCGGUGAGGUGGCCGCCGCCCCCAAUGACGUUUGCGGUGUUGGUGUCGCCUACAACACCAACAUUGCUGGCGUCCGUAUCCUUUCGGGUCCCAUCACCAACGCCGACGAGGCUGCGGCUCUCAACUACCAGUACCAGCUCAACGACAUUUUCUCGUGCUCGUGGGGCCCGCCCGACGACGGCAAGAGCAUGGAGGCUCCUGAUGGAGUCAUUCUCAAGUCGCUUGUGAACGGCGUGCAGAAGGGACGUGGCGGCAAGGGCUCCCUUUUCGUCUUUGCCGCUGGCAACGGUGGUGGCAACGGUGACCAGUGCAACUUUGACGGCUACACCAACUCGAUCUUCUCCGUCACCGUCGGCGCCGUCGACCACGCCGGCCAGCACCCUUACUAUUCGGAAAUGUGCUCGGCCAUGAUGGUUGUCGCUCCUUCCUCUGGCUCUGGUCAAUUUAUCCACACGACGGACGUAAAGCACAGGUGUGCGACCAACCACGGUGGUACGUCGGCCGCCGCACCCCUUGUCGCGGGUGUGUUUGCACUGGCUCUACAGGUCCGCCCAGAGCUUGGAUGGCGCGACUUCCAGCAUCUCGCAGUGCGCCACGCUGUCAUGCUCCACCCUGAGGACGAGGACUGGGACACAAUCUCCUUGGGCAGGAAAUACAGUUACAAGUAUGGCUUCGGACGUAUCGAUGCUGGCCUCUUUGUUGAGGCUGCUCGAACCUGGGAGCUGGUCAAGCCCCAGGCUUGGUUUGACUCACCCAUGAUCGUUCUUCCGGACACUCCCCCUCCCCCUCCUCCCCCCGCUCCGACGGCCACCGACGCCCCGUCCCCAACUGAGCGCGAUGAGGGCGACGAUACCGUGGACGGUGCUGAGCCUACCGAUGUUCCAACCAUCGAUCCUCCUCAGCCCGAGCCGGUGAUUGGUUCGUAUAUCGUCAAGGACGGUAUUAAGUCGACCUUCGAGGUGACCCAGCAAAUGCUCGACGACUCCAACUUCGAACGACUCGAGCACGUUACCGUGCGUGUUUGGAUCAAACACCAACGCCGCGGUGACGUCGAGGUGGCUCUGCGUUCCCCGACUGGCAUUCUGAGUGUGCUGGCCCAGGCGCGCCGCUUUGACUCGGCCGGGUCUGGCUUCGAGGGCUGGAAGUUCAUGUCACUCAAGCAUUGGGAGGAGAAUCCCGUUGGCACUUGGGAGAUUACCGUGAGGGAUCAGAACAACCCCCAGAAUGUUGGAUCCUUCCAAUCGUGGGCCCUUCAGCUCUGGGGUGAGGCCCAGGACGCUUCUAAGGCCAAGGACUGGCGCCCAGCAGAGUUUGGCCAGCCCGACGAGGAGGAGGUCGGUUCGGACCCCAUGCCCACGACACAGCUUCCGCAAAAGCCCAAGCCGACCGACCUCUUGCCGUCCGACCACGGCCACGCUGGCGGCGCUGUUCUCCCUACAACCAGCCCAGCUUCGACGGACGAGGACAUUGCCGAGCCCUCAGCGUCCUCUGACGCGGACAACGAGGCUGGGGCCGAUGAGGGCGUAUUCGAUGGCAUUGAUGCCCUCCGCAAGCAUUCGGCGUGGCUUGGUGGCGCCUUCCUCAUCGUUCUUCUGGCUGCCCUUGGUGGUGGCGGCUACUUCCUCCUGGCUGCCCGCCGUAAGCGUCAACGUCUGUUUGGCCUGCAUGGCGGCGACGGAGCGCGUGGCGCGUACGCACCUGUGCCCGAGGACGUUCCCCUUAGCCUUAUGGAGCGUGGCCGCCGUGCGGUGGGUAUGAGGCGAGAAGGCGAGAGCAAGGAGCUCUACGACGCGUUUGGUGACGGCCCAUCGGACGAGAGCGACGACGAGGUCGACGAGCACACCGCGUUGAGGUACCACGACUCGUUCCUCGACGACCAUGAUGGAGAAGAUGAGGACGCUACGCCCCAAGCGAGCGGUAGUGGCAGCAGAACCGCUGCCGGAGAGCCACCAGCAUACCAUGAUGACGACGAAGGCGAGUCCGCCAACACGACCAGCUCGCCCGCCGAACUCGUGCAGAGCACCUCGAGCGGCAGUUGGCAGGACGCUGCGGACGAUGUCCGUCGUGAUUGA